UUUAACUGUGUUCCCCCGCAGCCUGCAGUCGACUGUGUGUGUGCUGCUGUUAUCUGACAGCAGCGGGGCAUUAAAGGGUCAUGCCACUCAAUGUCGUGCUGGACGGUCCGGCACCCUGGGGGUUUCGCCUGACGGGGGGGAAGGACUUCAACCAGCCCCUGACCAUCUCCAGGAUCACCCCGGGCAGCAAAGCCUCCGUCGCCAACUUGUGCGCCGGCGACGUCAUCCUGGCCAUCGAGGGAGUCCCCGCCUCGGACCUGCUGCACUGUGAAGCCCAGAACAAGAUUAAGGAGUCCACCAGUCAGCUCAGCCUCACUGUGGAAAGGAAUGAAUCCAGACUGUGGACACCUCGAGUCAUGGAGGAGGGCAGAGCUCAUCCAUAUAAAAUCAACCUCGAAGCAGAGCAGCAGGAGUACAAACCGAUUGGCGCCGCUCACAACCGGAAAGCUCAGCCGUUUGUUGCGGCGGCAAACAUCGAUGACAAGCGUCAGGUGGUCAGUACGGCCUACAACACCCCCAUAGGCCUUUACUCCUCGGGUAACAUCCAGGACGCCAUGGAGGGUCAGAUCCGAGGGAUUGUCCCCACGAAGCCUGAGAGUCCCAGGACUCUGAGCAGCAUCGAGGAUUCUGACGUUUACCGGAUGUUGCAGAAGGACCAGGAGGAUCCUCAGGAGCCUCGACAGUCUGGCUCCUUCAGAGCGCUGCAGGAUUUUAUUGACAGUGAUGGCACUCGUCCCAUUGUGACCAGGACAGUAAAAGCCCCGAUGACCAAACCGACGCCUCCCACAGGAAACCUGCAGAAACUGCCCGUCUGCGACAAGUGUGGGAAUGGGAUCGUGGGGACAGUGGUGAAAGCGCGGGACAAGUAUCGCCACCCCGGUUGCUUUGUGUGCUCCGACUGUGACGUCAACCUCAAACAGAAGGGCUACUUCUUCGUGGAGGGCCAGUUGUACUGUGAGACCCACGCUCGAGCCAGAAUGAGACCACCAGAGGGACACGACCUCGUCACGACUUAUCCAUCUGCUUAGAUCCCUCCUCCUCCUCCUCCUCCUCCUCCUCCUCCUCCUCCUCCUCCUCCUGUCAGCACAGACACAAGCACUUACACAUGCAGACACACACUUCAACACACACUUCAACACACACUCCUCAGUCAUACGUCGAAGUGGCCCUCUGCACUUUGAAGUUGUCUGUGUGCAAUCACAUUUCAGCGAGGAGACACACGUCCUUGUAAGUAACUCCCAUAUGUAGGAGCAUUUCACAGGUUUGUAAAGGUCGCACGCGAGGAGACAAAAGAACUUGUCUUUGUAUUUCCUGCUGGUUUCUCAAGGUCUGAUGUCUUUUCAAUAAAGACCCUCUGUUCCUACUGUUCCUACA